AUGACGCCAAAUAAAAGUCAAAACCUAUAUCAAAGCAAUUCAAACAAUUUGAAUAAUAACCCUAGAGACAAUGCACAUAAUAGUUAUAAUAAUAAUGAUAAUCAGAUGGACAAAUCAGAAACUCAUUUAAUGUCAAUAAAUCCAAACGAAGUUAAAAAUGAUAUAAAUCCCUUUUUUGACAAUUCAAACAAAGGGAAUUAUAAUGAUGGUAUAAAAUUAGCACCAGAUAAUAGAAACGCAAAUAUAAUAAAUCGAGAUAACAAUAAUAUUAUUAACAAUGCAGAAAAUAUAAAUAAUAAUAUAAAAAGUUUUGAAAAUAGUACAAGUAACACGCGCUUAAAUGAGCAAAAGCAUGGUGAAAUAAAUGUUCCCAAUGCCGGAAAUGGCUAUAUUAAUAGAAAUAACUACAAUGAUUUAUCAGUAAAAAUGAAUGUGAACAGCACUAAUGUAAGUAGUAAUAAUAAUGUUGAGGGUAGUAAUCCUCCCAAAGGAAGUAAUGAUAUUUAUGCAGAAACAUCCUAUGUGCCAAAUAAUUGGAAUAAUUAUAGCACCCAAAAUAGUCUUAAUUAUUCAAACAUAGGACCAAAUAGCAAUGAAAUAAAUUCCAUGAAUAACUAUAAUUAUAAACCAAAUGAAAAUAUUCAACCAAAACACGAUUAUACACAAACAUAUAAUUAUCCACCAAGUAAUUACAAUAAUAAUAUGAACCAAUUUGGUAAUAAUAAUGUUCCUAUAAAUAGUAAUAUUCCUCCGGCAUCUCAGAUGCCAUUAGGUUUGAGCACGGGGAACAUGAUAAACGGAAUAAACUCGAUUCCUGUAUAUAAUUAUCCGAAUAAUAACAGGGAAUUAUCUUUUAACAGUUCGCAAAAUACGCCUAAUAAUAGCCAAAACUAUCACGCCAAUAACAUGACCCAUCAAUACAGUAAUCAAGCACAUCAAUACUCUAACCAAAACGGUGCAUUUAAUUAUCAAGAACCUAAUCCUAUGGGGCAACAAAGCCCAUUUAGUAAUACGUCAUUUAUGGGAAGUUCGAAUGGCAUAAGAACAAAUGAAAUGACGCCUAAAGCUAUGAAUAAAAGAGAUUCUAAUGUUGCAAAUACUGAUAAAGGUGAUAAUGAAUCUGAAGAAAGUUCAAGUGAUGAAUCGAAUAGUGAUAAUGAGAAGGGAGUAACUGAUAAAGGAGAAGAAAUAUUUACACUAAUUAAAAAGACUUAUAAUCGUAUAGAUAUGAAUAAAAUUCCACGACCAAUAAUAAAUUUUCAAGAUAAAAAGAAUAAAGCGUGUUUAAAAAUAUUUGAAACAUGUAAAUAUAUAUCUCCGCCAUCUUUUUAUCAACCUUUCAUUUCAGUGGAUACCGGAAAAGCAGAUCCACGUUUUAUAAAAAGUACACUAUAUCAAAUCCCUAUAUUUUCUGAAACCUUAAACUUAUCUAAAAUACCAUUUGGUAUUAUUGUCAAUCCAUUUGCUUGUUUAAAUGAUGGAGAAAAUGUCUAUAAAGUUCAUAUGAAGGAUAUAAUUAAUGAUAAAGAAGAAAAUGUUGAAAUUUUGAGGUGCCCUAAAUGCUUUAGUUAUAUACAUGGUACAAUGUUAGAAGAUUUAGCAAAAAAAUUUACAUGUGUUUUUUGUGAUACAGAAAUUUUAAUUGAUGAAAAUGUAUUGUUUGAUAUAUAUCAAUAUAAUGAAAAAAUGUCGCAUAUGCAAAAUAAUAAGCACAAUCCCAUGUCUCCAUUAUUAAAAGGGUCUGUAGAUAUUAUGAUACCACCUAAAUAUUAUACGAAUUCAAAUAAUUUAAAAUUAAGUUAUACUUCAUUAAAUAAAAAUGUAAACCAAACAGCAUCUAUUAUUACUAAUAAAAUUAUGUCUAUAACUAAACAAAUAUCAAAUACUUUAGUUUCGAAUGACUCAAAAAAUUUGAAUAAUCAAUCAAGGAGUUUAUUAUUUAGUGAAAAUGAAAUAAACAAUAACAACGCCGGUGGAAGCGUUUUAACAGAAGGAGGAGAAAGAGACUUUGGUGGUUUUAUAGGCAUGUCACGUAAUUAUAUUAAUGAAAAAAAUAUAAAUAAUAAUGAAACAAUAAUAAAUGAAAAUACCAAUUUUAGGUUAGAUGAUAUUAAAAAUUUAUUAGAUGAAAAAAAAGGAGAAACUUAUGAAACUAUAAAUAAAAGAAAUUCUAUAUUAUCAAAAUAUAAACAGAUAAAAAAUAUGUUACCGCCAUAUUUUGUUUUUGUUAUUGAUUGUUCAUAUAAUGCUAUAUAUAAUAACAUUACGUAUACUGUAUUAGAGGGAAUUAAAUACGCUGUAAAAAAUGUCACAUGCCCCAAAACAAAGAUAGCUAUCAUUACAUAUAGCAAUUCAUUGUUUUUCUUUAACUGCAAAUAUUUAGAUGGUGGAAAUGGAGCAACUACUGAGGGUGCAGCAAAUGCAGAUCCAAAUAAUACUGCGUAUCAUAAUGAAAAUAAAAAAAAUGACAAAUAUUUCAAAAAUCAAUUAAUUGUGAUGAGUGAUAUAGAUGACCCGUUUGUUCCACUUUCCCAUGAUGACAUGUUUUUAAGUUGUGUUGAUGAACUUGAUAAAAUUAAUAACCUAAUAGAUACAAUUAAAGCACUGUGUCCUAAAAUGCAAGCAUAUGGAUCAUGUGGGAAUAGUGCUUUAAAGGCUGCUGUUGAAAUACUAAAGGAACGAAAUGGCGUUGGAAGUAUAUCUAUGUUUUAUACUAGUACACCUAAUUGCGGCAUAGGGGCUAUCAAUGAAAUAAAAAGAACAGGACAAGAGAAUUUGUUCGAAGUUCCCCAAAAAAAAUUUUAUGAUUCUAUGCUAUUAGAUUUAUAUAAUUAUAAUAUAAGUACAGAUGUGUUUAUUAUUUCAGGAAAUAAUACUAGGGUUUGUGUGCCAGCAUUACAAUAUGUUGCUCAAAAUACUGGAGGAAAAAUAUUAUUUUUAGAAAAUUUUAUAUGGCAAAAAGAUUAUAAAGAAAUUUAUAUGAAUAUAAAAGAUAUAUUAACAUCGGAAGAUAUUGCAUAUUGCUGUGAAUUAAAAUUAAGAUAUUCCCAAAAUAUUUCUGUAAAAAAACUAUUUUGUUGUAACAAUAAUUUUAAUUCAAUAAUUCGUGCUGACACUAUUAAAAUACCCAAAAUACGGCAUGAUCAAACAUUUGCUUUUUUACUAAAUUAUUCAGAUAUAUCAGAAUCGAAAAAACAAGUAUAUAUACAAUGUGCAUGUAUAUAUACUAAUUUAAACGGCGAUAGAUAUGUACGUUUACAUACUACACAUAUGAACGUAACAUCGUCACUCAGUACUGCCUUUAGAUAUACUGAUGCCGAAGCUUUGAUGAAUAUACUAAUUAAGCAAUUGUGCACGGACGUUUUGCAUAAUGAAAAUUACUCAAAAAAUAUUAUUGAUAAUUUGACGGAUAUUCUGUUUUCCUACAGAAUAAAUUGCGCCUCCUCUGCCCAUUCGGGACAGCUAAUAUUACCGGAUACACUAAAAUUAUUGCCCUUAUUCACUUCCUGUAUUUUAAAGCAUACUAUUGUAAAGAAAGAAAUAUUAUCUGAUCUAAAAAUAUACAAUUUAAUAAAGCUUUUAUCAAUGCCUAUAAUAUCAUCGCUCUUGUUUGUUUAUCCUAUAACUUAUAUAAUUCAUAUAAAAGGAAAAACAAAUGAAAUUGAUUCAAUGAGCAUUGAUGACGAAUUAUUUAUACCUCGAGUUAUACCUUCUAGUGGUGAAAAAAUUUAUUCAAAUGGAAUAUAUUUGAUUGACGUUUGUACACAUUUUUACCUUUUCUUUGGUUAUCAUUCGGAUAUGGAAUUUGCUUCGGAUAUUUAUGGGGAUAUUCCAACAAAUGAAAAUUGUAUUAAUUUAACCCUAACAAACAGUCCUAAUGCGAAAAAAUUUGAGCGUAUUAUUAUGAACUUGAGUAAAUUUCAUCACGCCAACCAAUUUGUUCCUAUAGUAAUAGUUCCACCGAACGAAACUGCUGAUCCGCGUAUUUUGUCUUUAUGUGUCGAAGAUAAGGUUGAGAAGGAAUACAGCUAUGUAAAUUUUUUGUGUUUUAUUCAUAAAUUAGUUCAUAAAAAAAUAGACGAGUUGUAG